UCCACGUCCAUAAGCGGCGCUGUGGCGGCCGCCAUCCUGUGGGUCGCAGGCUCCUCCCGCGGCCGCUCCCGGAUCACAGGCGCGGGGCUCCGCCCCUCCCUGACAACAGCCCUCCCGCCCAUUGGGCCGGCGUCGCCACGGCCGUCCAAUGGAGUGAGGCGUUGGUUCGAGGCGGCGCCACCAUCUUGGGGGGCUGGGACGCCUGUGUCCAUCCGCGGGCGCGGGAGGUGGAUACCGGGUGGGCCUAGUUUCGAGGUCUUUCCCCUCUCCUGUUGCACCCCGAGCCGAGAUGCCGCAGUACCAGACCUGGGAGGAGUUCAGCCGCGCGGCCGAGAAGCUCUAUCUCGCCGACCCCAUGAAGGCACGUGUGGUACUCAAAUACAGGCAUUCGGAUGGGAGUUUGUGUAUGAAAGUGACAGAUGAUUUAGUUUGUUUGAUGUAUAGAACAGACCAAGCUCAAGAUGUUAAGAAGAUUGAGAAAUUCCACAGUCAGCUAAUGCGACUUAUGGUAGCCAAGGAAUCCCGGAAUGUUACCAUGGAAACAGAAUGACUGGUUUGAAAGGAAGAUUCUGUUUGUCGUGUUCUUAGGAAGUAAAUAUCUUUUGAAUUUGAGAAAAUGUCAGAACAGAAAAUACUGUGUGUAACGAAGUGGACUAUUCAAAAACCAAGAGAUCAUUUUUUGUAUUUUCUUGUUAAUGUUUACUUUAGAGAGCUAGAAAUGUAAAUGCUUUCAAUUAGAAAGCCUUUAUUUUUGGAAAUUGAACAAGAAUUAUAUCUAUCUUGGAAAUGUGGAUUUGAUGGGUAAAAUAUAUAAUUAUUUGAUAAAUUUGUAUCAGUAAUUUGAAAAUGAGAUAUCAAGAAAAACCAGUUCUUACAUCAAUUUACUUGAUCAGUCUUUGGAGAAUAAAAUUUGUGCUGUUGAUGACCAAUAAAUAUAAAAUAUGGUAACUAGAAUUAACUGUGCACCAUAAUAUGCCUGACCGUGUAUAGCAGUGUAGUCCUUAUACCCGAAAAAGUAAUUAUGAAUAACAAGUAUGCUUUUCUUUAACCUUUCCAGCUUUAAGCUGUAAUUUGUAGUGUAAGGGAUUUAUAGUAUCAUCAGCUUGUUGAGCAGUAACAAACUUAGCAAAAUCUGGCUUUCAGUACUUAAAAACAACAGCAGUUAUUUGAAUGCUUGAAAGGAAUGAUGAUCACUGUAAUGUACUGAAACCACCACAUUACACAAGUAUUUACUACAUAUUUCUCAUUAUAGUUUCUCAGAAGGGCUAAAGAUUAUUUGAACCAUAAAAUCUUCCCAUACCUCUAUGACACCCUCUGCUCCUUUUUUCUCUCUACUUAACCUAGGUGUUAAACGACUGUCACCAACUGUUCGUUAUACAUGUAUUUUCUGGUAAACUAGAAGUGUGAUGUGUAUUAUUUGAUAUUUUUCUUAUAUUUGUAAGCUGACUUUUAGCACCUAAAUGUAAUGGUCACAUGUUGAUUCUUCACUAUUAAAAUGAAUAACUUUAAUCUUAGACUAACUUGUGAAGAAAUUUGUUACGUUCAGCAACAUGUUAGCAUAGUAAGUUCUAUUAACUAUGAAUUUUGGCAUGUUUCAGAGAAGUCAACAAAUAAAACAUUACAUAAAUA